AUGCAAAUUGCAGUAUAUAAUAACUAUUCAAUGUGGCAUUAUUCACUUUCAACAACAAUUUAUUCCUUUCUUAUCAUUAUUAUCAUUAUCAUUCUUCAUUUUCAAACAAUUCAUUCACUACGCUGCAAAUGUAAUGCAAAUCGUGGACCAUCACCAUGCAUUGGUGAUUUCUGUGAUAUACAUAAUCGUGAUGGUAAACGUGCUGCAUGCGGUGCAUUACGUCGUUUACGUCAAACAAUUUUUGCAUGCGUUUUAAUUCGUCAAAGUUCAAAUGAUACAUACUGUCAUGUAAUUGGCAGUACAACAGCAUGUUGGUGUCGACAGAUGGAUUUUUGUAAUGUUGAUUUAGAAGCAGAGCUAUUUGAUGUUGAUGAAUCAAUGGAUGAUAAUUCAAAUGAAGUAUUAUUAUCAUCAACUAAUUUCAUUACUGAUAAUUCUCAACAUAAACAACAAUUAGAAUCAAUAAAAUUACAAUCAUAUCCUAGAAGAAAAAUUCCAAUACAAUCAUUUAAUAUUACUACUAUAACAAUGAAAACAAUAACAAUAACAACAACAACAACAACAACAACAACAACAACAAUGAUAACUUCAUUGGAUAAAAAACAAUCGAUGAAAAUGAAGAUUAAUCCAGCAAUUGAAAUUGAUGUCAUCGAAAAGAUAAAACUUACACCGGAACGAGAAAAUCCACCAACAGUUGUUACGGAAAUAAUUUCCGAUAGCUACGAAUAUACAUUAGAUGAAGAGUAA